AUGAAGGGCUUUGGUUCUAAAUCCCAUUAUAUGGCAAACUCAGCUGGAGAUAGCAAUAUAGAUACUAACCUAUAUAGUCGGCAGAUUGGGACACUGGGUUUAGAAGCAAUGGGGAAGCUAAUACAAUUAAGAGUUCUUAUUAUUGGCCUCCGUGGAUUAGGAAUAGAGGUUGCCAAAAAUAUUGUUUUAGCGGGUCCCAAAUCUGUAACUAUUGUAGAUGAUCAAAUUUGCACAUUUUCUGAUAUGGGGGCAAACUUUUAUAUAUCAGAAAGCAAUGUAAGCAAGGGAGAUACAAGAUCUGGUGCCUGCAUAAAAAAGUUAGAAUGCCUAAAUGAUUAUGUUUCAAUCUCUGUAUAUAAUGGGACUAUUACUGAAGAGAUUAUCUUAGAGCAUGAUGUAGUUGUAUGCUCUGAUAUCCCACUACGACAACAAUUACUAUAUAAUUCGUAUUGUAGAUUACGGACUCCCUCAGUUAAAUUCAUUUCUGCUAAUUCUUUAGGACUGUGUGGUUCCAUUUUUGUGGAUUUUGGACCUGAAUUCUGUGUCUUUGAUAGUACGGGUGAGGAACCGAAAAGUGCCAUAAUUGCUAAUAUAUCUAAAGGUUCUAGUCCUACAACAGUAACUUGCCUUGCAGAGAAAAUCUUACCAUUCCAAGAUGGAGAUUAUGUUACAUUUAGGGAAAUUCAAGGAAUGUCAGAACUCAAUGAAUCAGGACCUUACAAGAUUACAGUUACUGGUAAGCAUCAGUUCACAAUUGAUAUUGAUACCAAUGAUUUAUCACCAUAUUUGAGAGAAGGUAUUGUUACUCAAGUAAAAGUCCCAACUAUACUUAAAUUUCGUUCAUUAGCUGAGUCUAUGCAAAACCCUUUAUGUGAUGACCAAGAUAUGCUGAUAGUUCCUGAUUUGACUAAAUUUGGUAGAUCAGAGCAAUUGUUCUUUGCUAUUUAUGCUGUAAUGCAAUAUUGUGAUAUUCAUGGCCAUAGACCUUCUCAUGAAGAUAUAAAUGCGAUACAAGAAUGUAUAAAAAUUGCCAAUAACUUGAAUAAUGAUGCUAAAAAAAGAGCAGCAGCUCAUGAUACUUCUGUUAAGUGUAAUAUUAUUACUGUUGAUAGUAUUGAUACUCAGAUUGUAACUAGCGUCUGUAAAUACUCACGUAGCUGUAUUUCUCCUAUGGCAGCUUUUCUUGGAGGGAUUACAGCCCAGGAAAUUGUAAAGUCCGUUGGUAAAUAUAUGCCAUUACGACAAUAUUUCUUAUUCGAUGCAUUUGAAAUAUUGAAUAUGCAUAAUUGUGAAUUAGAAACAUCUAUUUGUCAAACAAGUGACUUUACAUUAUCGAACAGUCGAUAUGACGAUCAAAUAGCCAUAUUUGGUCGUUCAUUUCAAUCUAUUUUAGGUUCCUUGCAUGUCUUUUUAGUAGGAGCUGGUGCAUUGGGAUGUGAAUAUUUAAAAAGUAUGGCUUUGAUGGGAGUAGGUUGUGGAAAUGGUCUAGUCACUAUAACAGAUAUGGAUAAUAUUGAGGUGUCAAAUUUAAAUCGCCAAUUUUUAUUCAGACAGUAUCAUGUUGGCUCAUCGAAGAGUUUAGUAGCAGGACAAGUAAUUAAAGAAAUAAAUGCAAAUUUUAAUAUUGAAUCUAUGCAAACACGCGUAGGUACUGAAACUGAAGAUGCAUUUGAUGAUAACUUUUGGUAUAAGUUGAAUUUUAUUGUCAAUGCACUAGAUAAUGUCCCAUCAAGGAUGUAUAUUAAUGAUCGGUGUCUGUGGUUUGAAAAACCACUUCUAGAAAGUGGGACAUUAGGAACAAAAGCUAAUAGUGAGACAUAUUUACCACAUAGAACUCAGUCAUAUGCAGAUAACCGUGACCCUGCUGAAGAGAGUAUUCCUCUUUGCACACUGAAGCACUUUCCCCAUGCAAUUGAACAUACAAUUGAAUGGAGUAGAGAUGCAUUCCAAGGAAUUUUUACUGACAACCCUAAAGAGACUAUAACAUUUUUACAGGAUCCAGAAAAUUACUUUUCACGUUUAAAAAGUGAAGUUAAUCCUAAUGUUUUAUUUGAAAAAACUGAGAAAAUUUGCGAAUUAAUAAGAUGUGUCCUACAAACAGAUAGCCCUACUCAUGAAGAUUGUAUCAAAAGGGCUAUUCUACUAUUUAAUGACUACUUCUACUUACAAAUAAGACAACUUCUAACGAACUUUCCACCUAAUCAUCUGAACUCAGAUGGUUCGCCAUUUUGGUCAGGUCCAAAAAGAUGUCCAAUACCUCAACAAUUUGAUAUAAAAGAUCCUUUACACUUUAGUUUUGUAUUAGCAACAGCAAACCUCUUUGCUUUUAUACUAAAGCUUCCUUAUAUUACAGAUUAUGACAUUAUUUACAAAGUUUCUCAAAAUAUGGUAUUACCGGAAUUUGUGCCAAAAAAUAUAUUUAUAGAAGUUGAUGACUCAGAUAGAGCAGAACAUAAGAAGUCAAAUAAUAUCGACAAUAAUGCAAACAAUGCUCAAAGUGAAUCUAUUAGGAUUGAAGUAAAUAUGAAAUUUCUAUCAACUCUUUCAAAAGAUGCCAUUAUGAAGUGUCUACAGAUAAUACAGCCUAUUGAGUUUGAGAAAGAUGAUGAUACUAAUUUUCACAUUGCAUUUAUAAAUGCUUCAGCAAAUCUUCGAGCUCGAAAUUACUCAAUUCCAGAGUGUGACCAUCACAAGUGCAAGAUGAUUGCUGGUCGUAUCAUACCAGCAAUGGCAACUACAACGGCAAUGAUCACAGGUUUGGUAUCUUUUGAAAUUUUGAAAGUUGCUUCUAGAACAAGUCGUAAAAUUGAAGACUUCAAGAAUUCAUUUAUAAAUCUAUCCCUACCCUUGUUUGUUAUAACAGAACCACUACCUCCUCCACAAACAAAAUCUAAGGAUUAUGAUCCUAUUGUUGGAGGCCCCGUUAAAGCUAAACCUGAGGGUUUUACAGCUUGGGAUAAGAUAGUGAUUUCUUAUCCUAAUGGGACAAUAGAAGAUAUUAUCAACUAUUUGCGCAAAACUAUGCAACUAGAAGUUCAAAUACUCUCGUUGGGGAAUGUAUGCUUAUAUAAUGCAUAUAUACCAUCUCACAGUAACCGCAAAACUGUUCCUAUUAGUUCUUUGGCUGAGCAACUUACAAAGAAGUCUUUGCCAAUUAACAGGAAUUACUUGGCACUAGAAGCAAGCUGCUGUGAUACUGAAGAUGGAACUGAUGUUAUUAUCCCCACUAUUAAAUUUACUUUUAAAUGA